AUGGCCAGCUUCUAUCCAAUCCCUCUCUCCUACUCCUACUCGCCUUUUAUCACAGCCGCCUCGGGCGUCAUCCCAAACUCGGUCAACAUUCCAGCGUCCAGCAACUCUACACAGGCGCCGUUGGCGCCAAUUCACAGGUGCGUUGGGUUCUUAGGGAUCGGCGCCUAGACUGAAAAACAACAGGAAGCUGGGCAGAUCAAGAUUAAGGUGGAUUGAGAUUACGCUAAGACGUGAUCUGGGAGGAUAGCAGCUAAUACAGGCUUAAAUACCAGCACGGAAUUCCUAGUUGGCAGUCAGAUUUUCAUUUUGAUACCAAUCCGCUAGUCGUUUUCACUUCCCUUCUUUCCCUUCAUUUCCUGAGCAUAAAUUCAUACAUUUUUCUGCUUUUUUUUGGACGAUACAUGUCGAUUUUGUGUUUAUACAGUUUCUAAUGAGAUUUUUUUCUCCCAGUAUAUCUGUUUUUUACAACUUUUAGUUAUAAUACACCUAGAAACAGAGCUGUAGUCAAUGGUGCUUGGCUCUCGACGGUUGUGACACUCAAAAAUUGCUCUAGUCUUUUAGCCGUACAAUAUUUGAUUUGAUUUUUGAUAGAAUUCUAAGUUUUAGGAGAGUUUUGAACAUUAGUGGUUUCAUACAGUUAAAACUUACAGCAAAAACCAGGUACAUUUAAGGUUCUAUCCUCUCGAUCAACCCACUCCAACAAAAAUUGCUCAUUUUAGCGAUGGCCGUCGGUCGACAAGGCGUGAACGGACAUCGUUCAACCGUAGCCAACUGGACCAACUGGAAAAGGUGUUCCGUGAAACACAAUAUCCAGAUGUGCACCGGCGAGAAGCCCUCGCAAAAGCCAUAAACCUCCCCGAAGGACGCGUGCAGGUGAUUACGGUAGGACAACGGUACACACGUCUUCAUCAUUAUAUCAUUUCAUUCAGGUUUGGUUCAAGAACAGAAGAGCCAAGGAUAGAAACAACAAGAAGUUGAACGAUCCACACUCUGCGCGCACUUCUUCUCGGUUAGUUCAUCACUUUUUCGAACAAGUUUGAUCAAAAACGUGAUGUUUGUUCAGAGACUCGCCUGGCUCACCAAUCCCAGAAACCAAACCGGACACGAAGACGUUGGGCAUUCACCUUCCGGGCACUCCGGAAUUCAAUGCACACAAUGCUGCCAAAUAUGAGGUCAGUUGGGCUAGUUGCUUGCGGUUAUUACGUAUUUGACAAGGAAGUGAUAACCGGAUGCGCAUGGGAAAUGAGUUCAUCUCGCACCAGCACAUUUUGCAGGCAAACUCGCUCGUUCUCAGUCAACUGCAACAACCGAAAAGUGAAUUGGAGGACACGAAACCGGAACCUGCCAAGUAUGACACUCAAUCGCUUCUUCCCCAAACUUCUGCGGCAGGUGAGUUAGAAAAAUAAUCAUAUUUGAAGGAUACUUACCAUACUAUUCCAGCCUGGACCGCAUACGCUCCAUACGCCUACUCGUACGCGGCAACAAGCUACUUCCCGUCCAACUUCUACUACCCGCAGCAGUACGGAAACGACUACACCCCGAACAACGCUACCUAUUGUAGCAAUUCCCAAUUGUAA